AUGUCUGCCAGCGGCAACGAUGGCGCGUCGCUCCUCGACCUCCCCAACGAGGUCCUCAUCUACGACAUCCUGCCCCUACUCUCGCCAAAGGAUCUCGCCUCGGUGUCGCAGGUGAACCAACAGCUGCAUACGCUAGUCACGGCGCGCGACUUCUCGUACCGCCCGUCAGUCGCACUCAGCAAGCCGUCCGAGGACGAUUCGCACUGGUUCCAGCGUGUCUACCUCGGCCUCUGGCGUCCGCGCGUGUAUCUCUGGGGAGCCAACGAGAACGGUCGCCUUGGGGCCAUACCCGGCGUCGACCCGAACCGGUGGUCCAGCGUCCCCGCGCCGGCCGACGCAACCCCGAGCUUCAAAGCACCAGCGCCCAAGUAUCCGGCCGACUCACUGGCCUCAGACGACGAGGGAGAGCAGCUAGUGGAGGGCGAGUGCCGCGAACGCAUCGUCGACCUGCAGACUGGCGGAUGGAGUUACACCGCGCGUGACGCUAAGGGUGGAGUGUGGGUGUGGGGUAAGUCAGCUCGCUCCAACAGUGCUGACCUCAGCCACUUGCUUGUCCUCGACUCUGACAACCUCAUCUGGGAGCUUAGGAACUGGGGAAGGGCUUACCGGCACACUGCCCCCGAGCUCACUGCGCCGUCGGCACCCGGUGCUCGUGGUCCCGGUCGCUCAGCGCACGUCGCUCAAAUCGGUGCAGGCUGGCACAUCUCGGCUUGCCUGACGAACGAGGGCCGCGUGUUCAUCUGGUUCCCGUUCUCGGACGGAUACAAGUCUGCGCUGACGGCCACGGACAGUCUGCACGGCCCGCUGUCGGAUGGUGACGAUAAGCGGCAGCUGCGCUGGGGUGAGGUCGCGCCUGAGCCGGUGUUUGACGCCCCACCCCUUCCCGAGCGGCCGGAGGAUGCCGCGAACCCGGGCUUUGACGACGAACGCCAGCGUGUCGUGCGCAUCGCUUGUGGUAUCGACUUUCUCAUCGCACUCAAGGAAAACGGCGAGGUCUGGUUCCUGCCCUGCAUGAACGACCGGCUUGGGGACUGGAUGUACCUCCCCCAGUUUAGCUCGCCGGGGAUCUCGCACAUCACGGCUCAGUUCCAGACGCUCGCGUCGUACUCUGUCCCGUCCUCGAGCGGAGCGGCACCCGACGAGUCCAACGUGCUCGUCGGCAAGGCCGUCGGCCCAUACAGCGUAGACAGUUUGAAGGAGGUGGAGGCGAAGCCGCUGCCCGUGCUCGAUGGACCGGUCGUGCAGUUCGCCGCCGGCGACCAUCACUUCGCAGCUCUCACGAACCGCGGCGACAUGUACACGUGGGGCGAGGACGGGCACGGGCAGUUGGGCCUGUCGGGCGAUGGCGCUCUGCAGAAAGCGUUCUACCGCGGACAGCGCAAGGAAGCGCCGACCAGGGUCAACUUCCCAGCCGACGACGACGGACAGAAGGCUUUCGUGUUCUCCAUUUGCGCGGCGGGAAUGCAGUCCGGCGCACUCGUACUGGGACACAAGCGACAUGACCCCGAGCCCCUCAAAGCGGAGGAGGAAGAUAGCGACGACGAGGCGCGCAAUGAGAUGAACCGACUCGGCAUUCGCGCGCCGCCGUUCACGCGCUUCGGACGUAUUGGUGGCCUCUGGCGCGGCCGCUGGUAG